AUGAAGACAUCUCCGAUGUGCUUAUUCAACUCACCAAACAAGAUUCGUUUAGAUAAUCCUGUCGCGACCCAUAAAACCCCAAAAAUCGGACGAGCAUUGCCUAAAGAUUUAUCGGAGCAGGACGUUGAAGCACUGAUUCAGGCACCAGACGUCACAACAGCGUUGGGUUUGCGUGAUCGCGCCAUGUUUGAAGUAAAGGCAAUAAAGAACGUCUUGUACCUUUAG